CCCCUCCUGUCCUGUGCUCUGGUCUUCCCUAAGCAGGAGCCUUCAGCCUAGGGCCCAGGUAGGGACCAUGUCCCCUGCCAUCGCGCUGGCCUUCCUGCCACUGGUGGUGACAUUGCUUGUGCGGUACCGGCACCACUUCCGACUGCUGGUGCGUGCCAUCUUGCUGCGGAGCUUCCGAGAUUGCCUGUCAGGGCUGAGGAUUGAGGAGCGGGCCUUCAGCUAUGUGCUCAUCCAUGCCCUUCCUGGGGACCCCAGUCACAUCCUCACCACCUUGGACCACUGGAGUAGCCACUGCGAGUACCUGGGCCACAUGGGGCCUGUCAAAGGUCAGAUCCUGAUGCGGCUGGUGGAGGAGAAGGCCCCUACUUGUGUGCUGGAGCUGGGCACCUACUGUGGAUACUCCACAUUGCUUAUCGCCCGUGUCCUGCCCCCUGGGAGUCGCAUUCUCACUGUGGAACGGGAUCCACACACAGCAGCAGUGGCUGAAAAACUCAUCCGCUUUGCUGGCUUCGACGAGCGCACGGUGGAGCUCAUCGUGGGCAACUCAGAGGAAGUGAUCCCAAGCCUACGAACCCAGCACCAGCUGAGUCGGGCAGACCUGGUGCUCCUGGCACACCGGCCCCGAUGUUAUCUGCGGGAUCUACAGCUGCUGGAGGCCCAUGCUCUGCUGCCUCCCGGUGCCACUGUGGUGGCUGACCAUGUUCUCUUCCCUGGUGCACCCCGCUUCCUGCAGUACGCCAAGAGCUGUGGCCGCUACCGCUGCCGCCUCCACCACACUGGCCUCCCAGACUUCCCUGCCAUCAAGGACAGUAUAGCCCAGCUCAUCUAUGCUGGACCUGACUGA